CACGCAGCACACACACAAACUCUCCGACUCCGGUUUGGCAGUUCAGUUCAGUUCUUGGUCGUUCGUCGCCGAGUCGAGAAGCAUAGUAUGUGCCCACCAGUUCAUAGCCACGUACACGAUUACUUGAUUCAUCAUCAAUCCCAUAAUAAAUUAGUCUCUUACGGUUAUCGUUAGGGGUGCCACACAAAACAAAGUUUCAGUGUACAAUUUUUCUUUUCUAGUCCAUUUCUCCGAGAUUUUUUUUGCGCGAAAAAAAAAUUCCUUGGUAACAGUUUUAUUUUAUUCCCCAAUACGUUUAAAUCUUUCCCAGUGAUAGUAUGAUAUUUUACUGGAUAUUCUAGUGCAAAGUGCGCUUUUUAUUUUAUUCAUUAUAGUUGUUUUUUUUUAAUAAUAAAUUAUUUUCCGAGGAACUGGUGUCUCGAUAAUUUUUUUUUCUUCAAACGAGAAGAAGAGGGAAGAAAGAAGAAUACAAAACAAGAACCGAGUCGAGAAUUAUAACAGGAGAGAGAAGAGACUGAGAAAAUAAGGAAACGAACUGAAACUAAAAACGGAAUAUUCAAAAAAAGAGUUGAAGAACUAAUUUUUUUUAAAGUAAUAACUGGAUAAAUUGAAGUUUUACUUGAAUUUAACUUGAGAGAGAGCAAAAAUAGUGUUGAAGUAAAAGAGAGAAAAAUACUUGGGAGUUUAACGAAGAAACGAAACAAACUGACGAUCUGCAAUUCAAAUCAAAUAGAAAGAAGAAAUUUCGUUAAAACUUUUUCCAUACUUUGAGGAUUAUUUGUUGUUGUUUUUUUUUUUGAGGGUUAAAAAAAUGAGUUGUACCACAGCACCAAUUCCUCCGACGAAGAUGUGUGAGACUCUUGUCAGCCAAUGCGAGAUACCGAUCAUCGACCUCGCACACGUGGGAACGGAAAGGUGUCCUCAGAAAGCAGUAGUGAAGCAGGUUGGCUCGAAGCUGGUACAGGCACUUUCUGAAAAGGGACUGGCCCUUCUUGUGAACCAUGGAAUUCCUGACUGCAAGUUGAAAGCUGUUUAUCGAUCUUUCGAUAAAUUCUGCGAACUUUCCGAAGAAGAUCGAGGAAAAUAUGAAUUUCAUCCAUGCACAUCUCACGGUUACGUGAAACCCGGCGAAGAGAAAUUUUCAUCAUCAAAUGAAAUAGAAGUACGUCAUUCGUUUAACGUUUGUGGAGAAAAUGGUCCACUUCCAGAGGAGGAUGUUCCUGGCUUCAAUACAGCAGUUCAGGAAUUGUCAGGAGACUUUAAACAACUCGCAACAAUGCUACUGACCGCACUGGCAAUUGGAAUGGAACAGCCUCCUGAUUUUCUUUUAUCGAAACAUUCGCAUUUGAUGGGUACAGGAAAUUGUACCUCCCUUAGGAUGCUGUAUUAUCCGCCGAUAGGAGCACCGGAACCUGAUAUGACAAGAUGUGGGUCUCAUUGUGAUUAUGGAACUUUCACUUUACUCACCCAGGAUAGCGAGGGCGGUCUUGAAAUUCAGAGUCCAAGUGGAGAGCGUUGGUCACGCGUUGGCCAUUUACCAGGAGCAAUUCUUCUCAAUACGGGAGAAAUUCUCGACAAUUGGACAAAUGGAGAAUUUAAAGCACUUCGUCAUCGUGUCAUUCUCCCAGAGAAUUUUGGCCGUGGACGUCAUUCAGUCGCCUUCUUCGUACAUCCUGACAAUGACGUUGAAAUUGAGCCGUUCGAUGUAAAAAUUCCAAAACCCAUACAAGAGCCAGCGCCCUGUAGACUGCAAAAAAAGAAAAUUACUGGCGUUCUCACAGCCUAUCAACAUCUUCAACGUCGAUUUCGUGAAACAUAUGCGUCUUAACACCCCGAUCUCAUUUGGCAAUUCAAAUCCAUUGGAUUCCACUUUUAAAACUUUUUUUUUUCUUUUUUCUAAACGAUGAUCUGCUUCGAGAGAAACAAAAUAAAUCGAAGAUUUCACGCA